AAGGUAAGAAACCUCAUCGUCCCAACUUGCUGCACCAAAUUCUUACUAAGUCAUAGGUUGAGUCCCAAGUUAGAUAGCAUUACCAUUGAGUUACAGCGUCUAUAUAAAGCAAAAACUGAGCUAGGUUUGAUUGUGAAAGAUGAAAUACAGAAAGAUGGUAAUAGAGGAAAUGAAACCUCUUUGCUAGAAUCUGAUGUGGUUGGACGAGAAGGUGAGAAAGAGAAGCUGCUCAUGAAGUUGUUGGGGGAUGAUCUGCCGCCAUCUAACAAAAACUUUAACAUCGUACCCAUAGUUGGUAUGGGUGGGGUUGGAAAGACCACACUAGCUAGAUAUUUGUAUAACGAUAAACAAGUGGAGGAUCACUUUGAACUCCGGGCAUGGGUGUGUGUCUCUGAUGAUUUUGAUAUCUUUAAGAUAAGCAAAAAGAUAUUUCAAGAUGUGUCGGGAGAUAAAAAGGGGUUCUGGAGAUUUAAACCAGCUUCAAAUGGCUCUUAAAGAGAAACUUAAGGACAAACGGUUUCUAAUAGUAGUUGAUGAUGUGUGGACUGAAAGCUAUGAGAAAUGGGAAAACUUUGUGCUCCCAUUUCAUUCAGGGGCUCCUGGAAGUAGGAUAAUCAUGACAACCUGCAAGGACCAAUUACUCAAAAAGCCAGAUAACUUCGAUUCACAUCCAACACUUAGGGAAAAAGGUGAAGGCAUUGUGGAAAAGUGUGGUGGUUUGCCUUUGGCUUUAAAGGCAAUUGGAAGGUUGUUAAGAGCAAAAAUGGAUGGAGAAGAUUGGGAUGCUAUUUUGAAAAGUGAGAUAUGCGAUUUGGAAAACGCUAAUGAGAUUGUUCCAGCCCUUAGGCUAAGCUACCAUGAUCUUUCUACAAAUUUGAAGCGGUUGUUUGCAUAUUGCUCCUUGUUCCCUAAGGACUUCUUGUUUGAGAAGGAUGAGCUAGUUUUACUAUGGAUGGCAGAAGGGUUUUUGAACCAAUCAAAGGCAACCAAGUCACCAGAACGAUCUGGCCAUGAAUGUUUUGAAGCUUUGUUAUCAAGGUCUUUUUUGCAACAUGCGCCUAACGACAAAUCUUUGUUUAUAAUGCAUGACCUUAUGAAUGACCUAGCCACAUUUGUGUCUGGAGAUUUUUUUCUAAGGUUUAACAAUCAUAGGGAUAUGAGGAAAGAAGCUGUAGAAAAGUACCAUCAUAUAUCAUUUCUUCGUGAGAUAUAUGUUGCUUACCCUAAGUUUAAGCCCUUAAAGAGAGCUAAACAUUUGAGAACAUUCUUAGCUGUAUCUGUUGGAGUAGCUGAUGUUUGGGAAACGUUUUACUUAUCUAAUAAGAUUUUGGUCGACUUACUUCCUAAGUUACCAUUGUUAAGGGUUCUUUCUUUAAGUCGCUUUCAAAUAACUGAGGUACCGGAUUUCAUUGGUCGUUUGAAGCACUUGAGGUAUCUUAACUUAUCCAAAACUAAAAUUGAAGUGUUACCCGAGAAUGUUGGUAAUCUUUAUAAUUUAGAGACAUUAAUUCUUUUUGGUUGUAAGGUACUAACUAAAUUGCCUCAAAGCUUCUCAAAACUCACACAGUUGCGGCAUCUUGACAUAAGGGAUACCCCGUUAUUGGUGAAGUUGCCCAUGGGGAUUAGUGAGCUGAAAAGCCUACAAACUCUCACCAAAAUCAUCAUUGAAGGAGAUAGUGGCUUUGCUAUAACUGAGCUUAAGGGAUUAAAUGAUCUCCAUGGAGAACUUUCGAUUCAAGGGUUGUGCAACGUGAAAAGUGCAAUGCAUGCACACGAGGCAAAAUUAUCUCUUAAACGGCUAACUAAGUUAGAGCUGGAUUGGGGUCAUCCGUUUAAUUACUACAAGUGGGUGACACUUGAAGAGGAGGUUGUCAAAGAGCUGAAGCCUGAUAGUGAAUGGUUGAAAGAGCUUGCAAUUAAUUCAUAUUGUGGAGUAGAGUUUCCCAAAUGGGUUGGGAAUCCCUCAUUUGAUCAGUUGGUUCAUUUGUCGAUAAGACACUGUAAAAAUUGUACAUCUCUACCACCACUUGGGCAACUACCUUCACUUAAGGAGUUGUUCAUUAAUGGCAUGGAUGAGGUUAAAUUCAUAGGUUCUGAGUUAACUGGAACCAACCAGUUAAGUGUUGUUGCCUUCUCUUUACUUGAAAUCCUAAGUUUUAAAAAUAUGGUGGGGUGGGAGGUAUGGUCAACCAAUAACAAUGUUUUAGAUGUGGUGUUUCCAUGCCUUAGAGAGCUUCAUAUAGAACAUUGUCCCAAAUUGAUUGAAGUCUCACUUAAAACACUACCUUCACUUGAAAUUCUAAGAUUUAAAUAUAUGCGUGGGUGGAAGGUAUGGUCAACCAACAAUGCAGUUUUUCCUUGCCUUAAUGAGCUUUGUAUAAACAAUUGUCCUAACUUGGUUGAACUCUCACUUGCAACAAUGACUUCUCUCAGAUUUCUAGAAAUAUAUGGAUGUGGCGAUGGUGUGUUGAGAAGUCUAGUUCAGGCAGUUCAUCAAUCACUAUGUUGGUUAUACGUUUUAUUUCAGGGCUUACUGAUGAGGUGUGGAGAGGUGUUAUAAAGUAUCUUGUCGCAGUUGAAAAUGUAAGUAUCUGUGGGUGUAAUGAAAUAAGAUAUUUGUGGGAAUCAGAAGAAGAGGCGAGUAAGUUUCUUGUGAAUAUAAAGGAAUUAGCAAUAUAUGAAUGUUCAAAUUUGGUAAGUUUAGGAGAGAAAGAAGAGGAGAAUAAUAUUGGGAGCAACUUCCUGUCAUCUCUUUGGAUGUUGGAAGUAAGUAAUUGUAACAACAUGAAGCGAUGUUGUUGUCCAAACAGCAUUGAAAGUUUGGAUAUCCAUUAUUGUAAUUCACUUACAAAUGUCUCCUUCUCAACAAAAGUAACAGGAGGAUGCUCAAGUCACUUAGAAUAGAUGGUUGUGAGAAACUAAUUGAAAAGAUCAACGCCCAUGCUUGAAAGCAUAUUAAUUGGUGAUUGGACCAAUAUCAAAUAAAUCAUGCAGUUGGGUAACUUCAUUUACCUAACUGAGUUGUAUAUAUACAUAUGCCCACAUAUUGAGUCAUUUUCUGACAUCGAACUGCCUGUUCUCACCUGUUUGGAAAUAGUAGAGUGUGAAAGAAUGGAGUCAAUGUCUGCUGUUCUGAUGACGAAUCUUACGUUGUUAAAGCAAUUGAGAAUUAGCGAUUGUCCAAGUAUUGAUGCUUCCUGUCAUGGUAGGGUUUGGCCUCCUAAUUUAUGUUCCCUUGAAAUAGGGAGGUUGAAGAAGCCCAUGUCAGAGUGUGGCCCUCAGAAUUUUCCAACUUCCCUUGUUAAGCUAGAUUUAAGUCAUGAACCUGAUGUGAGGAAUUUUAGUCAAUUGUCCCACAUUUUCCCUUCAUCUCUUACUGAACUUUGGAUUGGAUAUAUUGAUAAUCUGGAGUCAUUUUCAAUGGGACUCCAACACCUCACCUCCCUUCAAGAUCUCACCAUUGAGAACUGCCCAAAGUUGAAACAUCUGCCAAAACACCUCACCUCCCUCCAACAUCUCACCAUUAGGAGCUGCCUAAAGAUGAAACAUCUGCCAAAACAACUGUUUCCUUUGCUUUUAAGCUUCGAGAUCUAUGGAUGCCCAAUACUGAGAAAAAGGUGUAAAGGAAGAGGCCCCCACUACUAUCCCCUCAUCUCUCAUAUCCCCACAUCCGCAUAGAUU